CCAACUCUUGUAAUAAGUUUGCUAUCUGUAGAGCUUGUAAAACUCAGAUUUCUUAUGACUUUGCUUAUUCCAAUAAAAUUGUAAAUACAAAAAAAUGUGUUAAGCAACAUUUGCGAUCCUGUGAGAAUUUUUUUGCCAAAUAUGGACAAGAAAUCUUAGAUAAUACAGAUAGUGAAACCACAAAAGCUCGUCAGACAAAAAACCUUCAAAAAAGAAAUCAGAAUAAUAAUAAUGAAAACAUACAAUUAAAUAAUGGUGACAAUUCAAUUAAUUCUUUAACUGACACAUCCUCAUCGCCUUUCUCUUCUAAUGUAAAUAUUUCUACCAAUUUUGGAACUUUGGACCAAUAUGUAAUUCGUAAUUUAAAUGGAAAUAAACAGCAACAAUGGUGGUAUCUCUUACUUAAAGCCACAAUUUCUAAUGGGUGGAGUUUUAGGUGGGUUGAAAACAAGGACUCACUGGAAUUAUUUUCAUUCCUAAACCCGAAUUUACAACUUCCAACAAGAAAACAAUUAGGUGGCACUAUCUUAACAAAUGCUAGUACUGAUAUUAUUCAAACAAUUGAAAAUAAAGCCAAGUCAGAUGAAAUAGGUGUUUCUCUCGUAUUAGAUGGCUGGGUAAAUGUUGUUAAUCAAAACUUGCUUGGUAGUGUAUUGGUUACUUCUAAAGGUGAAGUUCUUGUUUGGAGAGCUCAAGAUGUUAGUGCUGAUUGUAGCAGAAAAGAAGAGGUCCAAGAAAAAAUUGAACAAUUAACAAAAAGUGUUCGAAGUCUUCAAAUAUUGCAUCCUGAAAUAGUAUAUUUGCCAUGUUUUAGUCAUCAAGUUAAUUUAUGUGUUGGUGACAUAUUUAAAGAAAGUGAUAAUUUUGAUUUAAGAGACAAGCAACAAUUACAAUAUAGGAAAUAUGUUAAUUUAAUUAGGCCAUGUGAAACACGGUGGAAUAGUUAUUUCUAUUGCUUAACAAGCAUAUUAAACACCAAAGAAGCAUUGAAGACUUUAGUUGCUAGAUAUGAACCUGAUUAUAUGGAAACACAGUUUUCAAGAUAUUCUAGAAAUAACAACUUAAGGUUGCCUUUAACUAUUUGUGAGCCAAUAAAUGAUAAUAACUUUUGGAGAGAUCUUCAUAUUCUGAAAAAUUUACUAUUGCCUCUAUGUGGAUGUUUAAAUAUUUUACAACAUGAUAAAUCUUAUUUGUAUGAAGUCCUACAUUCUUUUAGAUAUUUUUAUCAAGUUUUUAGAGAUACAGAAGAAGAUGCAUAUCUUUCUGAAAAAAUGUGUGGAAGACUUGAAAAAAGAUGGCGAGGCUGGGAGCAGCCAUUAAUUUUACUUUCUUUUAUUUUACACCCAUCUUACAGAUUUGACAAAUUCAAUACUACUCUUCCUAAUCUUAAUUGGGUUGACUUUG